AUGGCUGAAUCUACGCCAUCAUGCUUCUUUCCACGGUUCCCCACCGAUCACAAUCUUGCACAUAUCGAGAUCCUACGCUAUCCAGUGGUCCGCCUAAGGUCGUCCAGAGAAGUAACGUCGUUGACAGCUUAUAUCCAACUAGCAUGGACAAUUCUCAUCGGUAAACUCACGGAUGCGACAGAUGUUGAGUUUGGACUCACUCUGAGGGGAUCCAAUGGCGGUUUCCACAACGUUUCCUUUCGCUUUCACAUCAGCGAAGGUGACAAAGUUGAGCAGGCAUUAGCUUCGAUACAAGCUAGCACCUUCGGCUCUUCUGAAAACUCCCCUGGUGACUUCCAAUUCCACUUGGAUAUUGAGGAGAAAUGGAACGAUGAAAAUGAAUCGUGCUAUCCACCACCAUCAGGGGUAUGCUCCCUAGCUGUGACAUGCUGUAUUCAUGGUGGGUUGUCGGCGAAGGACAUAUCAGAUUUACAGUUCAUUGUGUACUACGACACCAAGGUCAUGGAAACAGUCGAGGUGUUGCGCAUGAUGCACCAGCUCAAGCAUGUAUUAUAUCAGCUACCGGAAUCGCUGCAGAUCAAGUUACGGGAACUUGAUCUUGUUAGCCCUGAGGACUGGUUGACGCUGAGGGACUGGAACGCAAAGUUACCCAGGGCAAGCAAAGUCACCUUGCACGAGCUGGCACUUCAUCAUGGGGGCUCCCAACCCGCCAUCGUUGCCUGGGAUGGCAGCAUGACUUACCACCAGUUGAACCGAGCAUCCCUCGACGUAGCUCAGCAUCUCCUACACUUUGGGUGUUGCCCGGGAAUGUUCAUUCCCCUCUGCUUGGAGAAGUCCAAGUGGUCUGUGCUGACCAUCCUGGCCAUCCUUCGUGUUGGGGGCAUCUGUGUCCCCAUCGAUCCCAGCAUCCCGAUCGCUCGCGCUCGUGAGAUGAUCGAGGGUAUGGGAGCCCAAUUCGUGGUAGCCUCGGCCGCUCAACGCCACAAGAUGAAGCAGCUGGGCCCACGUUUGCUAGUGGUGUCCGACAGCAUGGCUUCCACGGAUGCCGUCAAUUACAUUCCUCUUCCUGAAGUGCAUCCAGAAGACCCAGCCUUGGUGCUGUUUACUUCUGGGACAACCGGUCGUCCAAAGGGCAUGCGAAUCCAUCACGAAAAUAUUGGGACAGCCGCAUUAGCCAUUCUUGACAUGUUAAACAUCGACUCCACCACCCGUGCAUUACAUUUUGCCUCUUACAGCUUUGAUCUGGCUAUGUACGAGAUUAUCUGUACGCUCCACUGCGGUGCUUGUCUCUGUAUUCCCUCCGAAUCCGAACGACUCGACGACAUAACAGGUUUUAUGCGGGAGCAGAAGGUCAGUUGGGUCGCGUUCACUCCAUCCUCUUUCUCUCUUCUUCGCCCAGGUGACCUCCCAGAUUUGCGCACAGUGGCUCUUGCUGGUGAAACUAUUCCACCAAGCCUUGUGCAGGCAUGGGCACCGCACGUACAGCUGGUCAAUGUGUAUGGACCAACUGAGACCUCUAUUUGCAGCGUCGGACCAAUUCCUCAGCACGGGUGGCGCGCGAGAACUAUUGGGCCUAUGCUGGGAGGAAUAGGAUGGGUCACAGAUCCGACAGACAUCGAAAAAUUAGUCCCAAUAGGUGCUAUUGGGGAGCUACUAGUGGAGGGCCCUGCAGUAACAGGAGAGGUCUUCAUUGAAGCCCCCUCUUGGCUCCGUCGCUUCCGUUCAUCCCCCAGUUCUACCCCGGUUCCGGGGCGUCUUUAUCGCACGGGCGACUUGGUCCGAUACACGAGCCUUGGAUGGAUCCAAUUUGUCGGGCGGCUAGACACGCAGAUCAAGAUCCGAGGACAGCGAGUAGAACUAGGGGAAGUGGAACACCGCGUCCAAGAGGCAUUCACCAGCGCCCCCCAUGUCGUGGUCGAAUUUGUAAACCCGUCUAAGGGCCGUCCGACACCCAUCCUCGUGGCGUUCAUUCCCAUACAGCAGGAUGAUACACCCUUGGAGGCAGAGUCCACUCUACUCUGCGAGCAGAGUACUGACUUCGAAGCGCAAGUACUGACAGCAUCAGCAAGAUUGCAGGAAUCUCUGCCCAUGUACAUGAUCCCAUCCUUGUUUGUGCCCGUCAGAUACCUUCCUCGGACCAUCACGGCGAAAACCGACCGCGCUCAGUUGCGGCAGUUGGUGAUUGAUCGCCCAUGGCGCGAGCUGCAAAGAUAUCGACCAGGCGCACCACUGUGUUUGGGUAACAGACAGGCUGCACCCUCCUCCCUUACAAGAAGUAAAGAGUUGCAGAUCCUAGUGCCGCUGGUCGCAGACGUACUGAUGUGCGACAUCGAGGACAUCCGGACAGAGGACAGUUUCCUCUCGCUAGGUGGCGAUUCCCUUUCCGCCAUGGAACUAGUGGGAUUGGCACGAAAUGCUGGUCUAAUUCUGUCCGUAUUGAGUGUCCUUCAGACUCGAUCACUCCAGGAGCUAUCCAACUCUUCCGCAGCGCUUCAGCAAUCUCUGACCGACGUUCCCACUGGACAGGCCUUCUCGCGACUCCAAGUUGACGACCCCAAGACAUUCCUUGCACAUCUAGUCUUGCAACUGUCUCCACAGACCGUCUUAAUUGAAGACAUCGAGGAUGUUCUCCCGGCAACGCCACGCCAGAAGUACUUGUCCGACUUCCCCUGUGAGUAUCUACUGCUCCGGCUACAAGGGUCUAUAAAGCAUGACCGGCUCCAGCAAGCGUGCAAGCGCCUAGUGCAUUACCACCCUAUCCUACGUACAGUCUUUGUCCGAUCAGAGGACCUAAUGCACCAGGUAGUGCUACGGCAUCCGGCUGUGGCAUUACACGUCCAAUCACCCAUAGCGGAUACAAACAAGGAUGUUAAUGCCAGCGCACUGCAAUGGUGCCAAGCAGAUUCAAUUCUCCCCGUCAGCCCUUCGAAGCUCUCAGUCCGCUUUGUGUUGGUUCAAGGGCCGGCCCAAGAUGACAACGUUUUGGUGUUGCGUUACAGUCGGUCGCUGUUCGACCCUGAAACCAUCCUCAUCCUCUAUCGCGGGUUGCAACAAUUAUAUGAAGGCCGCAGCCCACCGCCAGCCGUCUCGUUCCCUGCUUUCAUGUACCAUGCCCUGAGACAGGACCGGACAGCCGAGUUUUCGUUCUGGCGAGAUGUACUUCAGAACGCAGAAAUGACCCAGCUCCCAACGCCGAUUAAUCCGGAUACCAAUCCACAAAUUCUCUUGACGCCCUUACUGUUACCGACAAUCAAACCCCCCGCAGGCAUCACGGCAGCAACAGUUGUCAAGGCAGCAUGGGCAAUCGUGCUGGCCGAGCAGACAGGCGAGCGUGAAAUUGUCUUCACGCAGAUAGUCAGCGGCCGAUCGAUGCCCAUCACGGGCAUUCAGAACGUAGUGGGUCCCUGUAACAGGAUCCUGCCGGUUCGCGUGUCCCUAACGUCCGAUGACCCGAGAGACAGUCUGCUGCAACAAAUUCACACCCAGCACAUUGACAGCUUGCCUUUCCAGGGAGUAUACCUGCGUGACAUUAUUCAGCACAGCACCUCGUGGCCAGCCGAUACCACUAUAGGGUCCAUCGUCCUGCACCAGAAUAUAGAGCACCCGAGGCCUUUUGCCAUGGGGGAUCUCCGAUGCACGCCGUCAUACUUCAAUGCACCCCCCCGCCACAUGCCGGUGACAGUGGUUUCUAUACCUCAGGAAACAGGCCAUCGCAUUUUCCUCACUUGUUCGAGCGAUCGUGCAAACCAAGCCUAUCUGGAUGCGCUGCGCUCGUCCAUGGGGCGCUAUAUGGCUGCUCUGCUGAAGCCGGAGGUAGAUCUAUGA